CCGACUGGAAUUCGGCUUUCCCAAUACUUCUGUUCAAUAUCUUCCCAAGCUUCACUCUGACCAUCUUCCUAUAUUAACCAUUUGUACAGGGAGCAUGCCCACCGCUAGUGAAGGGAGACCUUUCCGUUUUGAGGCUGCUUGGCUACUGCACAAUGAUUCCAAUAAUUUUUUUGCAGCUGCCUGGAAAAAAGACCUCAACCUUCACCAGGCUUUACAUGAUGUUGCUAGCAAGCUGCAAAUCUGGAAUAAGUAGACAUUUGAUAUCAUUAAUUAGAGGAAAAAGAGGUUGUUGUCUCGACUAAAGGGAAUUCAAAUCAGUAUUGCCAACAAUUUCGAUCCAUGACUCAUCAAAUUGCAAGCAAAAGUCGAAACAGAGUUGGACAUUUUGCUGGCAUAGGAGGAGGUUAUUUGGUACCGAAGGGCUAAAGAAAAUUGGGCUACGCUUGGAGAACGAAAUUCGGCCUACUUCCACCAGCAAGCCAUCAGGAAAAGAAGAAGGAAUAAAAUCUUGGUACUAAAAGAAGAUUAUGGGAAUUGGGUGGAAGAUCCGGUGGAGUUGGAACAACUGGUGGUAGGAUUUUAUUCCCGACUGUACAAACAAGAUCCCACUCCCUAUAUUGACCGAAUGCCUAAGAAUUGCUUCCCAAGAAUUGAUCAGGAAGAUCUCUUAACCCUUCUUCGCCCUUUCUCCAUCCCUGACAUUCAUAAAGCGAUUUUUGGGAUGAAACCUUUCUCUGUUCCUUGCCACCUCUUUCUUUGAAACCGGCUACCUCCCGACAGAUGUGCUCGAUUCCAAACUUGUGCUUAUUCCCAAAGUCAAUCAACCGGAGUCCCCUGCUCAGCUAAGACCAAUCUGUCUCAACAAUGUAAAUUUGAAGGCCAUCACGAAGGCUAUGGCUAAUAGACUGAAGCCUUUAAUGAGAAAUUUGGUGGCUCCUACUCAAAGUGGGUUUAUACCAAAAAGACAGACCACUGAUAACAUCAUCGUCCUUCAAGAGGUCUUACAUUCUCUACGCCACAGGAAGGGUAAGAAGGGAGGAGUAGUGAUCAAAAUUGAUCUUGAAAAAAGCCUAUGAUAGGCAUAGGUGGGAGUUUAUCAGAGAUACCUUGAUUGAAAUUGGGCUUCCUAGCACUUGGAUUAGAUGAAUAAUGAAGUGUGUAGAGGAGAACAGGAUGAAGAUUAAUUAGAAUGGCAAACUUACGGAUUGGAUUGUGCCUUCUCAAGGAGUCAGACAGGGAGAUCCCCUAUCUCCCAACAUUUUUGUUCUUUGUAUGGAGCGCCGUGGAAAGCAAUGAAUGGAAGCCUCUGUCACUUACCUCUCACGAUUUUAAACUGCCUCACCUCAUCUUUGCAGACGAUUUAAUUUUGUUUGCCGAGGCAGGGAUCAAACAUCAGUCAUGAUGUUUGUGUCACCAAACAUCAGUCAUCAGAAGGCCCAACAAUUCAGUGACCGAGCCAAUAUCCCACUCACUAAUGACCUGGGGAGAUACCUAGGUCUCAAUGCAAUUCAUGGACGAGUCACCAAUGAUAGGAACAAGGACCUAAUCCUUCGUAUCCAGAAAAAACUUGCUUCCUGGAAGACAAAUUACCUUUCUCUUGCAUCUCGCUUGACUUUGGUGAGAUCAAUUUCCUCUUUUAUGGCAGUCUAUCCUAUGUUCUCUGAAGCUUUCACUGCCUCUGUUUGCAAAUUGUUGGACAUGUUAACAUGAAAUUUAUUUGGGGAGAAGAAGAAAGAGAAGGGAAAUUCCAUCCAGUUGGGCGGGAUCAGUUAACCCUUCCAAGGGAUCAGGGAGGAGUAGGUAUUCGCCCAAUUAGACAGGCUAACCAAGUCAUGCUUGCGAAAGGAAGCUGGAAGCUAGCUACGAGGGAAGAAGCCUUAUGGACAAAACUUUUGUUUAACAAGUAUGUCGGCAACAGAGAGGGCAUCAACAUUCUGCAAAAAAAAAAAAAAGGGAAGUUCUAUAGCCUUGCAAAGCUUUGUCUCUGCAGCUAAUGUGUUGAAGAAGGGUUUUUCCAUGAAUGUUAAGAAUGGUAAGUGAACUAAGUUCUGGUGUGACUCCUGGGUUUCGCAGGUUCCCCUGUAGGAGCUUGCCACUGUUGAGGUUCCAGAGGAGCAAUUAAAUCGGGGGGUGGCUGAUUUAUGUUAUUCAGAGUAUGGCUCGAAGAUUGCAGAGUUCCAACAUUUUCUCCUGGGGCAGAUGGUUAAUAAGAUUCGGUCCAUCGUGAUCGACCCUCUGGACAUGGAAGGAGAUCAAGCUUUCUGGAGAAAUAUUGAAAAUGGCCAUUUCUCGGUUAGCUCUGCAUAUAAAGCAAUCCAGAAACAACCGAAUCAGCAAACCAACUCAGUUUGGAAAAACAUUUGGAACUCCAAGUUCCUGAACGAGUCAGAGUCUUCAUGUGGAUGGCUACGAAAGGGAAACUCACCAUGAACAGCAUCAGGAAACAUAGACACUAAACUGAUAAUGAUUCUUGUCCUAAGUGCAGGAAUACGACAGAUACCAACCUUCACUGGUUAAGAGACUGCGGAAGGGCCAAAGCAGUUUGGAAUAGGAUUUUGGAACAACAAGGUAGAAGGAGUUUUUUCAGCAGUGAUCUUGAUACUUGGAUUAAGACCAACAUCCUAAAUGUUUCGACUGGUAAUUGGCCUGGCCAAUGGAACAAUUUCUUCAGCCUAGUCCUUUGGUACCUCUGGAAGUGCAGGAACGAGAGGAUUUUCAAAAGAGUGAAUCUGACCAUACCCACUUUGCAUCACUAUGUGGUAGCUAAGGCGACAAAAUGGGUGAAAGCUUCGAAUCCAUCUCCGAGAACAUCCUCUUUAAAUGUAAGUCAAAAAAGAGUGGAAGAGCUAGUUAGUUGGAUCAAACCACCUCAAGGCUGGCAUAAGAUGAAUACAGAUGGUGCAGCUCAGAGCAAUCCAGGAAGAGGUGUGCUUUGAGAUCAUGAUGGAGUCUGGGUUGGAGGAUUUUGCAGCAAGCUUGAUUCUGGCACAACUUUGGGGCAUUUUACAAGGACUGUAGUUGGCUUGGAAGAAGGUGUUAAUUAUAUAUCUACAGUACCAAUUUGUAAAUAGCCUAAGUGGGUUUCGGCCUAGGUUUAGGGUUCUAAACCUAUAUAUAUUACCUGUGUAUCUUGUUAAAGGGUAACAAAGCAAUAAGAAGCAAAAAACCUGUGAGGGAGAUCCUCACCGUGAACUAGUGUCAUCUUGACGAUACCACGUUCAAAAAAACCUUGAUGUUCUUUGAUUUUCGCAUAUUUUGAUAUGGUAUCAGAGCCUGCGAUCUGAGAUUCUAGGCAUGUUUUCACUUGGGUUGCGGCUAUGUCAAAUUCUUCUUCGGCAGUUUGCGUUGGAUUUGGUUGCUGCGUCUGAUACUUCUUCGGCAGCUUGGUUGGCUUUGCUCUAGGGAUUGGUUUCGGCGGUUGGUGUGGUCUGAAGUUCUUGGUCUUCUGUGCGCCUUCUCUUUGGGCACUUUUGGCAGCCGAUUGGUAUUUGUUUCUGCCCUAGUUUGGUUGUGUUUAUUCUAUUGUUUAUUGCUUUGCUGCGUGCCUUGCUGUGGUGCACAAAUGGAUCAAGGAAAGCUUGAAGCUGUCUCUGCAUGGCUGGAUGGGAAGAACUUCCCAAUUUGGGAGUUCCAAUUCUGAAGUUUUGUCGCUGGUCGGCGACUCCUUUCCAUUCUGACCGGCCAAAUAACCCAGCCGGCUGCUACGGCUUCUGACAAGGACAAGGAGGACUGGGCUGCUGCAAAUGCCCAGUUGAUUUCAUUGCUUCUCGGCGCUAUGGACAUUGGCACGGGCCUCAGCUUGCGUCGAUUUGAUACGGCCAGUGAGAUGUGGACACAUAUUUGUGCGAUCCAUUCACAAAAUAAUUCGUCUCGCCAGUUUGAGCUUGAAAGUGAGAUUGCAUUAUUUACUCAGGGUGAUCGGGAUAUAAGAACUUAUUAUCAAACCUUGGUUACGAAAUGGACUGAACAGGAUAUGUUGGCUGCCUCGGUUUCUGAUACUCUUGCCACUGCCGCCACUCUACAUGAUCGUGAUCGCUCCUGUCUCAUGCAGUUUCUGAUGAAGCUUCGUCCUGAGUUUGAAGCUAUUCGUGCUUCCAUACGUCAUCGCAAUGUUACUUCCAUUGACGAUGCCCUUGGUGAAUUGUUCAGGGAGGAGACUCGUCUUCGAAGUCUUUCCAAACUCGACGGUCAGUCCGACUCGGCCUUUGCUGUGGGUAGUGCAGGGGGUUCCCGUCCUCAUUUUCAGCGCGGUAACACUGGGCACUUGACGUGUCAUUACUUUCAUGAGGUUGGUCACAUUCAGCCAUACUGCAAACAAAAUAACUUCUGUAUUUACUACAAGAAAUCUCAUUUCUUAGAGUGCAAAGCUGCAGCUCGCCGCAACAAGAGUGGCUCUUCUACUGGUUCCCGUGGCGCGCCCUCAACUGGAGGUCCAGCAGGUGCGGGAUGUGCUGUGAUUCCCGCUGCUGCUGCCUCUCAUUCGUCGGCACUGGCUCCUCCUUCGGCAGCCCUCACUCAAGCCAAUGUUCGGCGAAUGGUGGCCGAGGCUUUACAGGAGGCGCUGCCCUCGGCUCUCAACUCUGCUUUUUCUACUGGUGGUGGUUCAGGUAUUUCUUCUCGUUGGUUGAUUGAUUCUGCUGCAUUCAAUCAUAUGACUAAUGCCCGUUCUCAUUUUUCCACAUUAAAUACUAGGUUAACACCAUCGUUGCAAGUGGCUAAUGGUUCUUGGCUGCCCACUCAUGGUGUUGGUACUGCUACUAUGGGUCGUGUUUCAUUACCAAACACGUUAUAUGUUCCGAAAUUAGUUCCUCAGCUUGUCUCGGUUGGUUAGUUGACGGAGGAUGGAUGUGCAGUACAGUUUGAUAAGCAGGGUUGUGUUGUUCAGGACCAGAUCACGGGCAAGGUUCUGGGCAAGGGUAAGAAGGAAGGUCGCGUCUUUGUCUCAAAGAAUAUGACCAGUCGAAGAAGGCCUCACCAGAGCACGAGUUGUGUUUUUCUGUGGAUAAGGAUGUGGUGCCUGCUGUUUCUUUGGACGGCGAUGUUUUUGAGGACGAUAUGUUUGCAGUUGAUAGUCUAGUUGAGGACCAUUUUUCAUAAAAUAAGAACCAUCGUUUUGAUGGGACAGUUACUUCGGAUUCUUUGGCCUAUUCAGUUCGGCCUUUAGAUUCAUUGCAUUUCAGUGUAAGAACAUCUGUUUGGGAUUUAUGGCAUCGUCGUCUUAGUCACCCUCAUAAUGCUCGUCUUCUUCAUAUGUUUCGUCGAAAUCUCCUGCCUGACUCUUUGACUUCGAAAUUUGGCCAGCCACCCCCUUGUAUUCAUUGCAUUGAAUCCAAGACAUCUUAGUCGUCUUUCUCUCCUAGGGAUACCGUUUAUGAUUCUCCAUUUGAUCUUAUUCACACCGACUUGUGGGGUCCAUCUCCGGUCAUUUCUCGUACGGGCUAUAGGUAUUUUGCCCUAUUUAUUGAUCAUGCCACACGCUAUGCCUGGAUAUACUUUCUUCACAAGAAGUCUGAGUUGAUAGAUCAUGCGACUGCCUUUGUACAGUUAAUUCAUACUCAGUUUGGCAAGACAGUCAAAAUCAUUCACUCAGAUCCUGGAGGAGAAUUCAGUUCCAAUCCAUUAAUGGAGUUCUAUCGUGUCAAUGGCAUCAUUUCUCAGCAGUCAUGUCCAGGUGUGUCACAACAAAAUGGACUGGUGGAAUGGAAGCAUCGCUAUGUGCUCGAGUGCCGUGUGGGUUCUGGGUUGAGGCUAUUAAUAUAGUGAUUUAUGUCAU